AAAUGUUCGAACCGUUGAACGAAAUUAAACGAGAGAGAGAGAGAGAGAGAUCGUAGUAGCUCCCAACCUCACGACGACUCUGCUCUGCUCUGCCAUUUGAAUAGAAAGGUUCGGAGGGAGGCGCUGUUUUUCUGCGCUGGGCGGGCAGCGGGCGACUUUGAUGUGCUUCGACUUCGAGCUGGCGGACCAACGCGGACCGCACGGCAGCGGCGGCCGGACGGUGAAGGGCGAGGGCAGCGCCGGAGCGGCGGCGUCGGGAAUGACGACAAUGGCGAGCCCGGUGGACCUCAUGUCGGGCUACUACCAGGCGCAGGAGAUGUCGACGAUGGUGUCGGCGCUGUCGCGGGUCGUGGCGGAGGACGACCCGUGGGCGCCGUCCGGCUCCGGCGCCGGGCCGGAGGGGUGGGGCUGGGAGGAGCAGCAGGCAAUGCACGCCGGCGCUGGCGGCGGCGGCGGCUACGUCCACGAGCUGGGGAGCUUCCCGUCUUCAGAGUUCGCAGGGUCGGAUCAGAGCUCGGACACCAUGGAGGAACACCGCUCCCGCUCCCCGGCGUCGUCGAACGUGGCGGAGGCGCCGCGCCGGCGGUACCGCGGGGUGCGGCAGCGGCCGUGGGGCAAGUGGGCGGCGGAGAUCCGGGACCCGCACAAGGCGGCGCGCGUCUGGCUCGGCACCUUCGAGACGGCCGAGGCCGCGGCGCGCGCCUACGACGACGCCGCGCUGCGCUUCCGCGGCAGCCGCGCCAAGCUCAACUUCCCCGAGGACGCGCGCCUGCACCCGGCCACCGUCGCCCCCGCCGCCGCGCCGGCCCGGGCGCCGAUCGCCGCGCCGUCGGCCUCGACGCCCGCCAUGUACGCCGGCUCCACCCAGGCCUCCGACUACCUGCGCUACCAGAUGCUCCUGCAGGGCAGAGGCGCCGCCGCCGCCAACCAAGGCAACCUUCUCUCGUUCUACGGCGGGGGCGGGGGCGGGGGCGGCGCCAUGAGCAGCUCGUAUGGCGGCGGCGGCGACGGCGGCACCAUGAGCGGCUUCCUGGGCUCCUACUACUCGUUCCCGUCCUCCUCCGUCUCCGUGGCCACCGUGCCGUCCUCCUCCUCCGCGUCCUCCGCGCCGGGCCACUACUACUCGUCGCCGCACGACUCGCAGCAGCACCAGCAGCAGCAGGGCGACGCGGCGGCGGAGUGGAGCUGGGAGAGCGCGCUGGCGCCGUACCCUGGCACGACGGCGGCGGCCUCCUGGUCCGACUCGAGCCAGCAGCCGUACCACCCGCCGCACACCCAAUAGCGCACCCUUCUUGGACGAAGAUUCUGCGCCGUCUCUGGAAGAAAGAAUAACAAGUUGUGUACGGACGGCGACGGGGACGGGCGCAGCAUCAGCAGCGGCAGCAAGCAGAGGAAGAUCGAGAAAAAAACAAGCGGAGGAUCGAGAAUGAUGGCGUCACUCGUUCACCGAGGGGCGUGUGUUGAUUGACAGCUGUGGGCGUGCUCAUUUUGUUCGUUCCUUGAUUAGUUUGGGUGGGGUCGACCCGUUUUUACUACUUUCUGUUCCGGUUAUUACUGCAAAUUAAGCGAAGAAAUGGAGGUUUGGAUACUUCAGUGGAGGUUUAA